UCCCCGCCGUGCUGCGUCACAGUCGCUAAGAUGGCGGCGGCGGCGGCGAAUGGGGCCGCCGGGGCGAGCGGGUCUGGGGCCUCCAGGGCGGUGCUGCAGGAAGCCGCCGGCAUGUACGAGCAGCUCAAGGGCGAGUGGAACCGCAAGAGCCCCAAUCUGAGCAAGUGCGGCGAGGAGCUGGGCCGCCUCAAGUUGGUGUUGCUGGAACUCAACUUCCUGCCUACUACGGGUACGAAACUGACCAAACAGCAGCUCAUCCUGGCCCGUGACAUCUUGGAGAUUGGUGCCCAAUGGAGCAUCUUGCGGAAGGACAUACCCUCCUUUGAGCGAUACAUGGCCCAGCUUAAAUGCUAUUACUUUGACUACAAGGAGCAGCUCCCUGAGUCGGCCUACAUGCACCAGCUUCUGGGCCUCAAUCUACUGUUCCUGCUGUCCCAGAACCGAGUGGCCGAGUUCCACACAGAGCUGGAGCGGCUGCCCGCUAAGGACAUCCAGACCAACGUCUACAUCAAGCACCCGGUGUCCUUAGAGCAGUACCUGAUGGAAGGAAGCUACAAUAAGGUGUUCCUGGCCAAGGGAAACAUCCCUGCGGAGAGCUACACGUUCUUCAUUGACAUUUUGCUGGACACGAUAAGGGAUGAGAUUGCUGGCUGCAUCGAGAAGGCCUAUGAAAAGAUCCUCUUUGCGGAAGCCACACGAAUCCUUUUCUUCACCUCCCCCAAGAAGAUGACUGAGUAUGCCAAGAAGAGGGGAUGGGUCCUGGGCCCCAGCAACUACUACAGCUUCACGUCCCAGCAGCAGAAGCCUGAGGAUACAACCAUCCCCUCCACAGAGCUGGCAAAGCAAGUCAUCGAGUACGCAAGGCAGCUAGAGAUGAUUGUCUGAGAGGGGGAGGGGGGACAGCGCAGGCUGAGAGACUUAUUUAAAAGGGGAAUAGUAUGGUUCAGUGGGUCAAUAAAUGAUAUGAGGUCA